UCGAGUGUCUGGCGGGAGUGUGCUGAGACCUCUCCCACGCGCCGGAUUCAAAACAGAACAAAACAAGCAGCCGAAGCUCGACACGAUGCCCCGCGUGCUGAACGGGAUCGUGGCCGUGUGCCCGGACCUCGGGAUCGGCUGCGGCGGGAACCUGCCGUGGCACCCGGUGCGGCUCAGUAACGAAUUUGCGCAUUUUCGAAAGAUGACAUCAACAGCGCGUGAAGGGAAGAAGAAUGUGGUGAUCAUGGGCAGGAAGACGUGGUUUUCCAUCCCAGCGAAGAACCGACCUCUGAACAACCGGAUCAACAUCGUCCUCAGCAGACAGUGCAUAGCGCCCCCUGCUGGAGCUCAUCACCUGGCUGCAGACUUCAGCUCGGCUCUCCGGCUGGUGGACACGGAGCUGUCGGAGCAGGCGGACCAGGUCUGGGUCAUCGGCGGCAGCUCCCUCUACAAGGAGAUGAUGGAGAGUCCGGGGACCAGGCGGCUGUUCGUGACUCGGAUCCUGAAGCAGUUUGAUAGCGACACGUUUCUCCCUGAAAUCAGUCCGGAUAAAUACCGUCUGCUUCCAGAGUUUCCUGGGGUUCCUCAGGAGCUGCAGGAGGAGAACGGCAUCCAGUACAGAUUUGAAGUUUACGAGAGCAACGAUCAGUGAUGAAGAACUGGACCAAUGUGGAUGCUGUUCGCUUUGUAAUGUUUUCAUAUCUAAUUUAAAUAAUUCUGUCACAAAUUUAUAAAUAA